AUGAUAAAAAAUUUUAUUUGGUUACCUGAAUCAGAUAAGAAAAUUCUUCCUUCUACAUUGCAGGCACCGGAGCUUGAACCGAAAUCCUUGACAAGCCACUUGAAAUAUGCUUACUUGGGAGAUGACCGAGCACUCCUGGUGAUAGUGUCAUCACAGCUAGAACAUGAUCAGGAAGCGGCCCUCAUUGAAGUGUUAAAGAACUACAAACGAACAGUCGGUACAUCGGCGAUGAGGUCGUCUCGGAGGCUGCCACCGUGCGCACAGUCGCGCCCAGCAUGCGCAGGCAGCCCAGCAGCGUGCGCAGGCAGCCAACAUGCGCACGACUUUGGCGACGAAAGCAACGUGUGCGAGCAGCAACUCACGAGCAGGGACGACGGGGCUGGGUCAUCGAUGGUGACCUCACGCAUGCUGCAAAUCGCGGGAGUUGAUCGGGCAAAGGACGUAGGGCUCAAAUGA